AAUGGGCGCAGGCGGCUGUGGUCCUCCGGAGUAUCCCCAUAUGCGCGUGCGCGCGUGUUUCGGGAGCCCCGAAGACCUGGCGGAUCCCCGCGCUGAUGGAGGCCUGAGGGUGGCGGGGGCGGAGCGCGCCGCGAACUGGGGGCAUGUCCGCUGCGGGCGCCGUCUAGAGGAAGGCCAAGCAGCCGCCACCACGCUUUCGGUCGCGGCGAGACGCAAGCGAGCCAGGCCGAGGGCCGUGGCGGCGAUGCAGCGAAGGCAGCGCCCACCGCCGCCCGCCUCUCAGCUGCCCGAGGGCUGCGGGGGAGGCGGCGGCGGCCGCAGUGGGAGUGAGGAGGUGGAAGUGCAGUUCUCCGCCGGGCGUUUGGGCUCGGCCGCGGCGGUUUCGGCGGCUACUGCGCGCACCACCGAGGAGGAAGAGGAGCGGCUUGAGCGCGAGCACUUCUGGAAGAUCAUUAAUGCCUUCCGCUACUACGGCACCAGUAUGCAUGAACGAGUGAACCGAACAGAAAGACAAUUUCGAUCACUCCCAGCUAAUCAACAGAAACUACUUCCUCAGUUUCUUCUUCAUUUGGAUAAGAUCCGGAAAUGCAUUGAUCAUAAUCAAGGAAUACUGCUGACCAUUGUGAAUGAUUGCAUACAUAUGUUUGAAAAUAAAGAAUAUGGAGAAGACGGGAAUGGAAAGAUUAUGCCAGCAUCUACGUUUGACAUGGAUAAGUUAAAAUCCACGUUGAAACAGUUUGUGAGAGACUGGAGUGAAACUGGGAAAGCAGAAAGGGAUGCCUGCUACCAGCCAAUCAUUAAAGAAAUUUUAAAAAAUUUCCCAAAAGAGAAAUGGGAUCCUUCUAAAGUAAAUAUUCUGGUACCUGGUGCUGGACUAGGAAGACUGGCCUGGGAAAUAGCUAUGCUAGGUUAUGCUUGUCAAGGAAAUGAAUGGAGUUUUUUUAUGCUCUUUUCUUCCAACUUUGUACUCAACAGAUGUUCUGAAAUUAAUAAAUAUAAGCUUUAUCCCUGGAUCCAUCAGUUUAGCAAUAAUCGAAGAUCAGCUGAUCAGAUUCGACCAAUCUUUUUCCCUGAUGUUGACCCCCACAGCCUUCCUCCUGGUUCUAACUUUUCUAUGACGGCUGGAGAUUUUCAGGAGAUAUAUUCAGAAUGCAACACGUGGGACUGUAUUGCUACCUGUUUCUUCAUAGACACAGCUCAUAAUGUAAUUGAUUAUAUUGAUACAAUAUGGAAAAUACUCAAGCCAGGUGGAAUUUGGAUAAAUCUAGGUCCUCUGCUGUACCACUUUGAAAAUUUGGCAAAUGAACUUUCCAUAGAAUUGAGCUACGAAGAUAUAAAAAAUGUUGUUCUGCAGUAUGGAUUCCAGGUGGAGGUGGAAAAAGAAUCCGUCUUGUCAACAUAUACUGUGAAUGAUCUCUCCAUGAUGAAAUACUACUAUGAAUGUGUCUUGUUUGUGGUCCGUAAACCACAAUAAUUAUCUCAAGUGAUGUCACCAGAAAAAAAAUUUUACUAAGAGCAAAUGCUGAAAUAAACAACUCAAAAUCAACUAUCAGUCAUGACAGGAUACAACCUCAAAUCAGUGGUGCCUUCUUAUUCCUAACAAAAUUUAGAAAUAGUGUCUAUUUUCUUAAUAUGUGUUUAUUGCUUUUUCAGAAAUUUACGCCAUGCUUAUUUGUACUACACAGGUGAAAAUGGAGGAAUUAUCUUCAAGUAUACUUUUUCCUUGAAGCACAGAAUUGUAUCUUUCAGUAGAACAAAACCUUUCUCCAGUGUCUUCAUGAAGCUGUCCUGUUGCAAAUCUGCCAUAUUAAUGACUAAUGGUAUUGAAGUCUAUAGUAAUCUCCCUUUUUAUUUUAUACCCAUUGCACAUCUUCUGUUUUAGGAGUCUAAAGAUCCUUUGUCAUAUUCAGCAUCUGGAAUUGGAACUUGUUCAUUUUGGACAUAAGCAGUCUGUACAUAAAAUGUCUGUCUAUUCUGUUAUCAUUCAGAUUAUUUGAUUUUCUUUUUUCUAGCUUAGCUGAAAGGAGAAGCAUCAAACAUUUCAUUUUUAUGAAAUGCUAAAUUUAAUAGCAUCACAGGCUAGGAAAAUGCAAUCAGGUAAUCUGAGAAAAAUAACGUAUUUUUUGGUAACACUUAACUGAAAACUUUUAUUAAAACAUACUCACAGUUGGAUCAUUUGAAAUGUUAGAGAGCUCAGUGUCCUAAGUGAGGCACAAAGGCCUUUAUUAAAGGUAAUGCUCAAAGUAGUGCUAGUAAACUGGGAAAAUAAGAAUAAAAUUUGCCCACUUGAAAUGUAUUUCAAAAUAUAAAUGAAUAGAGUUUAUUAGGGUGAUGUUUACAAUAAUGUCUUCAGAUUAUCUGGAUUACAAAAGCAAGCACUUUUUUCAUUAAAACAAUUAUAUACUAGUAGAAACUAUCAUAAUGGUAUUAAGGUGGGGAAAUUUGAAGAUUAACACCAAUUUUGUUCCCUGGGUAGCUGCAUCUUAAACAGUAUAUGCUGCUUUAAAUUUCUACCUCUAGCAGAUCUUUAUUGGAGGGAGUUUUCCUUUGUUUGUUUUUUUUUUUUUUAUUUUUAUUAUUCUGUUUCCAGUGGCUUGGAAAGUAGAAAUAACUAAUAUAACGUUUUACCCUUUUCUUGGAGAAAAGAAAGUGUUCUUGUUGAAUGUUUUCACAGAUGAUUGUGAUUGCAUUAAAUGACCUCUUUGGAGAUUUGGAUUAGAUGGACUUAAUCACAAUAAUGUGCUGGUAGGAUGUCAUUUUUAAUAGAAAAACUUGGAAAUCUUUAGAUCUUUAUUGUGACUUAGGGAGAGUCACUACAUGAUUUGGCAUCUUACAAGUAGGACCUUCUGCAAUAGAAUAAGGGAGCUUUUGUGACGUUUUACUCCCAUUAUGCAGUGAACAAGUCCCUGGAGUUAAUUUGACUUGACAAAUUAUGGAAGUCUGUAUCUAUUUGUUUGUUUUUAAAACUAUUUCUCCUUUUUAUGUCCCUCAAUACUUGGCAGAUGUUCAUUUGGUGGGAAUUCUUAUUACCUACAUGAAUGAACUUGAAAUUAAUUGCAAGGAAAAAAAAAAAAAAAACCAAAAAAUUUAUUUUGGUAUUUAGGAAAAACAGAGACCUAAAAGAAACCUAAGUAUUAGAAAAAUUCACUGAAAGAAAAAGAAUGCAUGCUUUUUUUGAGAGAAUAAUUUAUAAAUGCUUUAUUCACUGACUAGCAUUUACUUUUUUUACAACUAGUAUCAAGUCUUUCUUUUUCUAUAGAGGCAAAAGCAGUUUGACACCCACAAGUUGAUUUCUUUCUGUUUUGCUAUCAGGAUUUAUUCUUUAAUAAUGUUACUUGUAUUUUAAAUUACAUUUUUAAUAUUUUGGUCAAUUCUGAAAUCAGUUAUUUCAUUUUUUCCUCAUCAUGAAUAUUAUUUUUAAAAUGUUCUACACAAAUUUGCUCCAUCUUUUUUCUUAUAAUUUUUGCAGUUAAUAUUUUCUAAACUUGAAAACUCUGUAUCAGUCAAUAGAAGUGUCACUGGAGAAUUUAUUUAACUUUGUAUUUCUUUUGUUUAGUCCUAGCUCCUAAAGUGUUUAAGCCUUAAAUUAAUUUUUUCCCUUAAAUUAGCUCUCUACCCAAAUGUUUUCAUUCAUUUUCCUAAAGUGAUGGAGGGAGAAGUGUCAUUGUGCUUGCCUUUUAAUUUUUAUUUCCAUAAGCUGAAGCAGUGCAGGUUAGGCUAUGUUAAUCAAGUGAACAAUGUGGGGUAUGUAAAAUAUAAAGAGAAGCUGUAUAAAUCACAGUAUACAAUUAUGAAGUUUGGGAACUGUAAAAUGUACUGUAUUUAUAUGUAACUCUCAUUCUAAAAGUUACCACGAAUGGAAUUGGAAGCUUCAUGUUGGAAUGAAAUUCCCUAUAUUUUUAAUGUGUAUGAUGGACUUAAUUUUUCUUGAAUAUUAAAGCUGCCAAUUGCUACAAAA